AUGGAUUCAGAUUUCGGAAUUCCAAGAGAACUUUCUGAUCUGCAAAAACUUCGAUCUCAGUAUCAACCUCAACUCCCGCCCUGUCUUCAGGGAACUACUGUUCGCGUAGAGUUUGGGGAUGCCACCACAGCGGCAGACCCCUCAGGUGCUCAUACCAUAAGUAGGUCAUUUCCUCACACUUAUGGUCAACCUUUAGCACACUUUAUGAGGGAAACUGCCAAGGCCCCUGAUGCCCAAAUAAUCACCGAACACCCAGCAAUCAGAGUGGGAAUUGUUUUUUGUGGAAGACAAUCUCCCGGAGGACAUAAUGUUGUUUGGGGUCUCCUUGACGCUCUAAAAGUUCACAAUCCCAAGAGUACUUUGCUUGGAUUUUUGGGUGGUUCUGAAGGUUUAAUUGCUCAGAAAACUUUAGAAGUCACUGACGACGUCCUUGCAACCUACAAAAAUCAAGGUGGUUAUGAUUUGCUGGGAAGGACAAAAGAUCAAAUUAGAACAACCGAGCAAGUUAAUGCGGCACUGGAUGCAUGUCUAAAUUUGAAUUUGGAUGGUCUUGUGAUUAUUGGAGGGGUGACAUCAAAUACAGAUGCUGCUCAGCUUGCAGAAACCUUUGCAGAAAGGAAAUGCCCAACAAAGGUGGUUGGCGUACCUGUUACUUUAAAUGGAGAUCUAAAGAACCAGUUCGUUGAGACCAACGUUGGUUUUGACACUAUAUGUAAGGUUAAUUCCCAGCUUAUUAGCAAUGUCUGUACUGAUGCUCUCUCUGCAGAGAAGUACUAUUAUUUUAUCCGACUGAUGGGUCGAAAGGCAUCACAUGUUGCCCUGGAGUGCACUCUCCAAUCACAUCCCAAUAUGGUUAUUCUUGCUGAAGAGGUGGCUGCAUCAAAGCUUACACUUUUUGACAUCACAAAACAAAUAUGUGAUGCAGUGCAGGCCAGGGCAGGACAAGAUAAGUACCAUGGCGUUAUCUUAUUGCCAGAGGGUCUUAUUGAAAGCAUUCCUGAAGUAUAUGCUUUAUUGCAGGAAAUCCACGGUUUGCUCAGGCAAGGUGUCUCUGUUGAUAAAAUUUCUUCUCAACUAUCACCUUGGGCGUCUGCGUUGUUUGAAUUCUUGCCAACUUUCAUAAGAAAACAGCUCCUUCUCCACCCAGAAUCAGAUGACUCUGCACAACUGUCUCAGAUUGAGACAGAAAAGCUCUUGGCUCAUCUCGUUGAAGCAGAAAUGAACAAGCGAUUGAAAGAAGGAACCUACAAGGGAAAGAAAUUCAAUGGCAUCUGCCACUUCUUCGGUUAUCAAGCUCGUGGAUCAUUGCCGUCAAAGUUUGAUUGUGACUAUGCAUAUGUCCUUGGUCAUAUUGGCUACCACAUACUUGCUGCCGGUUUGAAUGGUUAUAUAGCAACUGUAACUAACCUGAAGAACCCCGUGAACAAGUGGCGUUGUGGUGCUGCUCCUAUAACAAGCAUGAUGACCGUUAAGCACUAUGGUCGUGGCCAUGGGGCUGCAACACUGGGAAAGCCAGCUCUGCAUCCAGCAGCUGUGGAUUUGAAGGGCAAGUCAUACGUUCUUUUGAGACAGAAUGCUACCAGAUUUUUGAUGGACGAUGUAUAUAGAAACCCAGGACCCCUUCAGUUUGAAGGUCCUGGGGCUGAUUCAAAGGCCGUAACCCUGUGUGUUGAGGACCAAGAUUACAUGGGUCGUAUCAAGCAAUUGCAGGAACACCUCGAUAAGGUGCGGUCGAUAGUGAAACCAGGGUGUUCUCAAGAUGUUCUAAAAGCUGCUUUGAGUGCCAUGACUUCUGUGACUGCCAUUCUAUCCGUGAUGUCCUCACCUACAAGCGGGAGCACUCCCUACUAA